AUGGCUUACUACGAUGAGCGUCGUUAUCGUGCCCCGCGCGACCGCGCCGCCCGUCCUGUCAGCAGUUAUGCGCCGGAGUAUUAUGACGAGCCUCGCUAUGCAAGGUACGAUCGGGAUGUCUACCCCGAGGAUUCUGUUGAAGAAAUUCAACGUGAAUAUCCACCUGGCGAUCCCUACGGCUACGAGCGUGGCUAUGAUUCGCGUCGAUCCAGGCGUCCGGUCUAUGAGAAUGUGAGAAGGUCCUCAUCGGUUAGCGGAUAUGAUCCAUACUAUGAUGGUGGUUAUUCUCGGUCGCGUCCACACGCGUCUCGAUAUGAUGAUCGACGUAAGUUAUCAUUAUAUCUCUUUUAUGUUGAUUGUUUUGUUUAUAAUUUCACAUUCAAUACUAUUUCAACACUUUUGGUUCGAUUUUUUGAAAUGUUGCUGACUGAAGUAGGCUCUCGCCGCAAAUAUGACUCUCCAUCGCCUAGCCCAUCGCCUCCACGUCAGAGACGUCGCAAAUCAUUCAGUGAAAAAGCUAUGAGUGCCAUCGGAUUAGGAUCUUCAUCCAAAUACGACAGCGACCGAGGCCGUGAUCGCUCAUCUUCCCGGCGCCGUCGCUAUGACUCUUAUUCCCGAUCACGCAGUCGCGACCGUGACGAUAAAGGCCAGCGUAGCUCCCGCAGUGAACAACGUCUAGCCCAAGCUGCCCGAGCUGCAUUAACAGCCGGUGCCGUGGAAGCUUUUCGAGCUCGCAAAGACCCCGGUGAAUGGACUGGUGAAAAGGGCAAACGAGUUCUCACUGCCGCUGUGACUGCUGCCGGCACAGAUGGACUAGUUGACCGAGACCCCAGAAAGCAUGGUAAACGCCAUGUCCUAGAGUCUACACUCGCUGGUCUUGCCGCAAGUCACUUCAUGAAUGGAGGCCGAUCUAGCUCUCAAGGUCGGAACGGUCGCAGUGGCCGAGGUCGAUCAGCUAGUGGCGGACUCAAAGAACUUGCUGCAACUGGCGUCUUGGCUGCGGCUGGCAAAGAAAUCUACGACCGUAUUUCCCGGUCGCGAUCUCGACCCCGUGGACGGGCAGACUCGGAUAGCGAAGAUGAUCGACGUGGUUCAAAGAAGCGCAGCAAGAGUGUUUCUGAAUACAUCACCAAGGGCAUUUCUGCACUUGGUCUCAGGUGGAGACAGCCAUGGCCGGUCAGACGAACGUGA